AUGGUCGCUGCAAACGGCUCCUCUAAUCCGCCCGUGGGCCAGGAAAAGAUCAACACCGACAUCAUCUCUCUCACACGCUUCCUGACAGAGGAGCAAUCGAAACACCCUGAAGCAACGGGCGACUUCACCCUUCUUUGCCAUGCGCUCCAGUUCUCCUUCAAAUCCAUCUCGUACUACAUCCGACGCGCCACUUUGAUCAACCUUACCGGCCUAGCAGGUUCCUCUAAUACUACCGGUGACGACCAGAAGAAACUGGACGUCAUCGGAAAUGACUUGUUCAUCGCGGCCAUGCGCGGAUCAGGCAAGUGCCGCAUCCUUGUCUCCGAAGAGGAGGAGGAAGCCAUCAUUUUCAACGAGAGCCCCGAUGCGCGAUAUGCUGUUGUCUGCGACCCGAUUGAUGGCUCCUCUAACCUCGACGCGGGUGUGUCCGUCGGUACCAUUUUCGGCAUCUUCAAGCUCCCAGACGAGGUUCUGGGCCCCAACAACACCGUCACGGCCAAGGAUGUCCUCCGUCCCGGCACUGAACUCGUCGCCUCCGGCUUCACCAUGUACGGCGCCUCGGCUCAGCUUGUCAUUACCAUGAAGGGCGGCACGGUCAAUGGCUUCACAAUGGAUGCCUCUCUGGGCGAGUUCAUCCUGACUCACCCCAACAUGCGUCUCCCCGCCAAGCGCGCGAUCUACAGUGUCAAUGAAGGAAACUCCUUGUACUGGGAUGAUUGGGUGCUCGAGUACUUCAAGGACCUGAAAUACCCGGCUGACGGCAAACCGUACAGUUCCCGAUACAUCGGCAGCAUGGUUGCUGAUGCGUACCGGACACUGCUGUACGGAGGAGUCUUUGCAUACCCCGCCGACAAGAAGAGUCCCAAGGGCAAACUGCGCAUCCUGUACGAAUGUGCGCCUAUGGCCUUGGUGUUUGAGAACGCGGGAGGCCAGGCGCUUAAUUCGAAGAUGGAAAGAUUGCUUUCCCUCUCCCCAGAGCAUAUCCAUGACCGCAGUGGCGUCUUCUUGGGCAGCUACGACGAAAUUGAGAAGGUGAAGGCGUUCCAUCAGAAGUAUGCCAAAUAA